AGGAUAACCAGAUUGGGGGAAUUUGCCCAUGAAAGGAAGGAUGUAACGUAUCUUGAUAACUAAUUCCAGCAUUAUAAACUAGUAGAUAAACAGCUAUUCCGGGUCUUUUGAUCUUGAAGUUUCAUUUGGAAGCUCGAAUCCCUAUUUUGGCGAACAAUAAAGAUGGCAGAUCACGACAAAACUGUGGCAGCUGUUCACCACAAUCUCAACAAACUCGACGCCGAUCCAGUGCUGGAGUCCGAAAGGAUCUUGCGGAUUCUUAAUAGGCUGGAUAGACUACCAAUCACAGUAAGAGUUUUACAGGAAACGGGAGUUGGCAAAGCUGUGAACAAGUUGCGGAAACGAGGAGGAAAGAUUACCGAAGCUGUGAAACAAUUAGUGCAAAGUUGGAAGGAAUUGGUAAGAGAAGCAAUGGAAGCGGAAGAGAAAACCCAAGCUUCUCCGGAAUGUGAGCCGUCGCCCUCUCCACAGUCUGGGACAUCAGAUGAGGAAUCGGGAGAUGAAAGCGAGGAAUCGGAUGACAGUAGUAGUAGUAGUUCCAGUGAAUCAGAGGAUGAGAUAGCAAGAAAUGAUUAUAGUCCUGAACCAAGCUCACCCUGUGGUAGCUUCCCUUCCUCACCUACAACUCCUCAACCUAUCAGGGACUCCACAUCGAAGCCCUCGUCAAAUCAACAUCUAUUGAAAGACAGAGAUUCUAGAACUGGGAAAGAAAAGGUACCAUCAAAAAGGUCUCGUGAACCCUCUCCAAGUCGAUGCCAAGACUUGCCAAAGACAUCCUCAAGUACAACUUCAUCAUCUCAUAUCAAGAAAAGGAGGACAGAGGAGAGGCAUCCGUCGGAUACUAGAGACAGUUCUAAGGUCGUGAAAAAGAAACCACCGGAGGAUGAUAGUUUCUCUCAAGCGUUGUUUCCAAGCCCUCGCAAGAUUGGAGGUUCAUCUGCGAGUUCUCUGACGAGGAGUCCAGUCCAAAAGCAGAAACAACGGGAAGGAGAUCAAACUGGCUCCCCUUCCAAGCUAACCAAACCUGGGAAGACCAUAACACCAUCAUCAUCAUCAUUAGGAAAUACAAAUAUCAGUGAGAAGAAUUUGAAAGCAAACACUCAAAAGAAGAUUUAUCCAAAUAGUGAUCAAGGGAGAACAAAAGCUAAAGCAUCAGAUUCAAGGGUCAUAAGCUCUUCUGUGAAAGAGUCAGAAUCAAGUUUUCUAGACAUGGUGGAUGAUGUAGAUGAGUCUUUUGCGAACCACAAGAGUACUAGUUGCAGAACAAACAAAGUCUCGUCCCAAGUAAAGACCACAUCCGUUUCUAAGCCAUCAAUGUCAGCUUCUCCAUCAACCAAAACAUCUUCUCAGAAGAAACCAGGAAGUGCCUCUCUUAAAACCCCAACAGGGUUUUCUGAAUCAUCAAGAACUGCCAAAAAACCUGCACAAAGUGAGCAUGGUAGAAUAGCCUCCAAAAAUCCCAAGACAUUGCCAUCUUCUAACAAAGUGUCGAGUAAGUCAGAGUCCAGUAAAACAAGUAUGAAAUCAAAUGAUGACUCUGAAUCUAAGUCGAUUUCCAAGAAAAACCCUGCUCCGAAAGUAAAGAGGAAGCUCUCCUCUGGAGAGCGCAGGAUUAGCGAAGGCGAUAAAACCUUCGACAACACUGGCUUGUCCUUUGGAGACAUCCUUAUGGGUCCAGUGUCUACCUCAAACAAAGUAAAGAAACCUGGAAAGCCGUUGAACACUGGUGCAACAGAUUCCAGUAAGAAAUCGUCAAUGUCUUCCUCAUCGAAGAAACCAUCAUCCAAACAAUCCUCGUCGUCACAUGAUAGGGAAUCUUCAUCAUCAAAGCAUGUUUCUCAUAAGGAGAGUAAAUCUGCAAGCACUUCUGGAAGCGGAAGCAAGAAAGUAUCCUCCAAUGAUGAAAGAAGGAAGAGAUGGACGCAGGUGAACGAUCCAAUGUCAUCAAUGCAAAAGCUUGAGGAUAUACACCAGGAAAUCACUUUCAACUUACCAGAGAUCUCUGCUGAUUACAAGCCUCUUAGGUUACCAGAGGUCUCACCCAAGAAGAAAGUUGGAGGUUUGAGUGAGGAAGGAUCUUACAUUGGGUCAAAGCACCAAAGGACCAAACUCUAUUCAGGACGAGCAAGACAAACAGUAUCAAGUGUCCCUACUCUCUUCGAUGCGUGCAUGAGAAUUCUGAUGGAUAAUAUUGACUCUCUGUAUGUGAUAGGUGUGCCAUACUUCAUCAUCAAACCUGUCCUAGAAAAGUGCACUCCCCAGCAGCUUCUCCAGUUAGAGGACUAUAAUCAAUAUCUGAUAGAAGAUACCGAUGAUCUUUGGAAAUCACAUGCAGAGAAGGACUUCAGGAAAUACAAGCCUCAGGAAAUGGAAACCUGGAGGGAGCUCUACUUGAGGAAGAUGGACGAAAGAGAAGAGAAGCUAAAGAAUCUUACUGCUAAUAUCAGUGCUUCUAUGGCUAAGAGCAAAGAUCAAGAACGUCUAACCAAGAUGGCGUUUGUGAACGGUCCAGCCAAGCCCCCACGGAACAUCAAGCGCCAGCAGGCCCGCCACGGGACCGGUCGCAUCACCUCCAACCCACCAAGCAACCCUCACAAGCCCUACGUUCCUUCCAAGCAUGCCGGAGACCAGGGCCCCAUCAGGAGCAGCAGUACCAGCACCAUCAAGAGCGGGGAUUAUUCACCUGGGCGAAGUCACUCUGGAGGGGGUGGUGGUAGUAGUAGUGGUGAUGGUGGUGGUGGUGGUAGCGGAGGUACCAGAGGGAACCCAUCUUAUGAAAGCAUCAGCUUGAGUGGUUGCAAUGGUAGCACCAGCAACAGAGGGAGAGCCAAGCCCAAGGCACCUAUGAUGCAGAAAGCUCUCAGGAUGAAGAAGAUGUUCCGGAGAUGAAGCCCACCAUAUUCCUCUUUAUUCACUGAUAUCAUCUUGCCUUUACGCCAGCAUUACACAGAAACCAUAUAGGACAUAUUCCUUGAGACAAGUUUCAUUUACUGUUGGCCAAAACCUGUUGUUCCCAGGGCAGAAAUGUAUGUCCAAGGUUAAGUAUCAUGUAAAUAUCCAGGGGUGGUAUUUGAUUCUGAACAGUGUUAAAACUUGGCAACAUCUUACAUUUUAUAUCUUAAUAAUGCAAGCUAGAUAAUGAAAGAAAGAUUGUUUAUUAUACAUGAGUCAUAAAAUCUCAUCACAUUGCUUCAUUCCUCCUACACAAAAAUUGAUUUUUGGGGGGUGAAACUUUCUUCAUAUCAAGUAACAAAAACAUCUGUCUGGUCUCCGCAAAUUCACUUAAUGCAGUUAUGAAACUUUCAGAGCAAGACAAUUACCUUUUUGGCAUAUUCCAUACAAACUUGAAACAUUACCUAUCAUGCUUUAUCUCUGAUGUCUGGAAUAUGAAUCACAGAGUAAUAAUCAUUUUUUUUUUACCACUGUGUGUGUGAUUUAUAUUUUUUACAGACAUGUAUCACUCAAAUAUGAUUAUUCAUCUCUUUGACCAACCUUUUACAUCGCCAUCCAAAAAUAUGUGACCUGGGGGCCGUUUCAUAAAGCUGUUCGUAAGUUAAGAGCGACUUUAAGAACGACUGGUGAUCCUUUCUU